UCUCAGUUGCGCUUUGGCUACCACGUAUAACGGUUCGCGAAGGCGCUCCAAAGCUCCAAAUAAAUAAAAAAAUACGAAAAAAAAACCCGUAAACAGUUUGUAACGAAACGUUGUCACUGGCUCCGGCUCUGUCUCUGUCUCUGCUAUCUGUUUUAUCGCAGCCUCGUCAUAUUAUCACUCCACUCACUCACGGAACUCACGGGGCAUAGGGAGAGAGACAGUUGGACAGAAAACCAGCGUUGGUGCCACCACAAAAAACGCCACACCAGUAGUAAUAGCCACAACAACGGACAUGACGGAUUACCUGUCGCUGCAGACGCGACUCGCCCAGGUGCAUCAGGAGCAUCUGCUGAAGUUCUGGCCCGAGCUAACAGCUGACGAGCGCGCCGAUCUGGUGCGUGACAUCGAGGAACUGAAUCUGGAUGAGAUCAAAAAGUAUUUCGAUCGGGCCACCGUCUCCAUGAAUGAGAACGGCAUCAAGCUGGACGAUCGACUGCAGCCCAUACCCGAUGGCAAGGUGCUAUCCAUUGCGCGCACACCCCAGGAGCAGCUGCACUCGUAUCGGGACGAGGGAUUGCGUCAGAUCAGCAACGGACAUGUCGCUGUGCUGCUUAUGGCGGGCGGACAAGGCACACGACUUGGCUUCGAUCAUCCCAAGGGCAUGUACGAUGUGGGACUACAGUCGCGAAAGUCUCUGUUCCGCAUUCAGGCCGAACGCAUACUGAAGCUGGAGGAGCUGGCCCAGGAGGCGAACGGAAAGCGCGGCCGCAUCACCUGGUAUAUCAUGACGUCGGAGCACACAGUGCAGCCGACAUACGACUACUUUGUGGCGAAUAACUUCUUUGGCCUGAGGCCGGAGGAUGUGCUGCUCUUCGAGCAGGGCUCACUGCCAUGCUUCGAAUACGAUGGACGCAUCAUUCUGGACGAGAAGCAUCGCGUGGCGCGCGCCCCCGAUGGCAAUGGUGGCAUAUACAGGGCGAUGAAGCGACAGGGCAUACUGGAGGAUAUGCAAAAGCGCGGCCUGCUCUAUUUGCAUGCCCACAGUGUGGACAAUAUACUGAUCAAGGUGGCCGAUCCCGUCUUCAUUGGCUACUGUGUGCAGGAGAAGGCCGACUGUGCGGCCAAGGUGGUGGAGAAGGCCGCCCCCAAUGAGCCCGUGGGCGUGGUGGCCAUUGUCGAUGGCAAAUACCAGGUGGUCGAGUACAGUGAGAUCUCCGCCAAGACAGCAGAGAUGCGCAAUUCGGACGGUCGGCUGACCUUCAGUGCGGGCAACAUUUGCAAUCACUUCUUCAGCGCCAGUUUCCUGCAGGAUAUCGGCAAUAAGUUCGAGCAGGAGCUGAAGCUGCACGUGGCCAAGAAGAAGAUCCCGUUCGUGGACAAUGCCGGCAAGCGGCUGACCCCCGACAAGCCCAAUGGCAUCAAGAUCGAGAAGUUUGUGUUCGAUGUGUUCGAAUUUGCGCAAAAGUUUGUGGCCAUGGAGGUGCCGCGUGACGAGGAGUUUAGCGCUCUGAAGAAUGCCGAUGUGGCCGGCAAGGACUGCCCCAGCACCGCCCGAACGGACCUGCAUCGCCUGCACAAGAAGUACAUUGAAACCGCCGGCGGCAUUGUGCACGGUGACAUCUGUGAGAUCUCACCGUUCGUCACAUAUGCCGGUGAGAAUCUCGCCUCGCAGGUCGAGGGCAAAUCGUUCACCAGUCCCGUUUAUCUGAGGGACACACGCGAUCCACUGCACGGCCACCUCUGACUGACAUCGCCAAUAUAGACUGAGGAUGAUUGUUUAUCGUUCUUUUUUGUGUGUGUUUGUUUGUUUGUGUGCGUUUAUUUCAACAUGAAUGUUGAAUGUGUUCGCUCGCUCGUUCGUUCCAUCAUCAACGGAAAUUCCAUUAAAUUUUCAGUACUUAAAGGAAAACUUGUAAAAAAUUUGUUGCUUAAUUUUCUUUCUGUUGUUUUUUUUUGUUUCGUUUUUUCGGUAUAAAAUUGUGCAAUCGUAAUGUGAAUAUAUACAAUACACAUAAAAUGGUAUGAAUAUUUUAAUAUGUUGUAAAAUAUAAAUAAAAACUGAUAA